UCUUUCACAUAAGCGUAGGAUGAGGAUUAAAUAAUGCGUUCCAUAAUUAGUGCGUAUGAUACUCGUUUUAUAUCAUCUCUAAACAUUUUAAACACGUAAAAUAACCGAUACACGAUACCGCCAAUGCGAAAAAUAAAUGUCACUUUAUUUCUGGCGUACUUAAAAUAAAAAUUUUAUUAACCAAAGAUUACACCAUUGAUUGCAUCAAUUUGUGUAAAUAGUACUGCGCAAUCGCAUAUAAUCUUCGAAGUAACGCGCGAGACGCUAGCAGAAAACAUAAAACGCACUGAACUUGUCACGGGGAAACGCACGUGGUGUCGUAUAAUGUAACCAAAAAAUCAUGUUUAUAAGAUUUAGGCUUUAGUCGCUUUAGUUGAAUUUGUAUGUGGAUACAUGGUGGUGUAGGUUUAACUCAAUGAAUGGUUAGAUGUUUAUAAACACACGGAAAAAGUUACUUACCUUUGUGAUACAAUGGAAGUUAAUGUAGGAGAUGUAGUAAUGCCUGGCGAUGUUGUGAGGGAUAUUGCAACGAUUAAUAAGAAAGAAACAAUAAUUUUGGGACCUGGUCUUCGUCGUGAAGCUGACACCGUUUUUGCGUAUAAAGCGGGCAUACUGAAGAAAACAGAUCCCGCUGUGUACUAUGUAGAUAGUUAUCAGAAACGAUAUGUACCAAAUCGUGGAGAAAAUGUAUUGGGUAUAGUUACACAAAAGAGUAGUGAUAUUUUCAAGGUAGAUAUAGGGGCUAGCGAACAAGCAUCUCUUUCGUACCUAGCAUUUGAAGGUGCCACAAAAAAGAACCGUCCUGACAUUCAAGUGGGUGAUCUAGUUUUUGCGAAGCUUUUGGUCGCAAGCAAAGAUAUGGAACCAGAACUUGUGUGUGUGGAUUCCCAUGGGAAGGAGAAGAAAUUAGGUGCUUUAAGCUCCAAUGGCAUGCUUUUUACAUGUUCAUUGAGUCUUAUCAGAAAGAUAUUGAACCACAAUUCUCCAUUGUUUAACACACUAUCACAUAGUCAGGCAUUUGAAGUAGCUGCCGGAAUGAAUGGUAGAGUAUGGGUGAGGGCGAGGACUGUUCAUGAAACAAUAGCAGUGGCAAAUGCUAUUUUAGCUGCAGAAUAUGCUGCACCCAAUGAAAUAAAGAAGUUAUGUUCAGCUAUUGAAAAGACUUUACUUUUAACACAGGCAGGUAAUGACAAUUGAUGAUGAUAAUAAAGAGGAAUAUCCA